ACUUCACUUUGCUUUUAACUUUAAACUUAUUCGAAGCAUUCUAUUUUUGUUUGUGAGAUUCUUAAAUCAAACGUUCCCACUUCAUCAGGAUGCUAUCCCCGAUUAUCGACUUCUGGCUGAAGCAUUCGACGAUCUUGAUAUUGAUAUUGGUCAGCUGCAUUAUGUCCCUGGCGUUCCACAACAUCGUGUGGGUGGUCGGCGUCAUGAUCCAGAAGGUGGCUAUGGCCAUAGCCCCCAAGAAGCAGCAGCGAAAGCUGGCCCCACAGCCGACGCCCAUUAACAUUGUGCGGAGCGUGACGCGCAAAAUGGAGCUGGGCAGCCUCCUGGACUGGAAGCACUACGACGACAUGCCCCUGGGCGUGCUGCUGGAGAACAACGGCAGCACGGUGAUCCUGCGCAUCUGCUGCGAGCCAUACUUGGUGCCCCAACUGAGCGGGGGCGACCUGCCGGGAGAGUACCACUUCGUAGAGGCGUGCUUCAAGUGGGGCCCGCUGCGCGCCGAGCACUCAAUAGACUUGAUAGAGUUCUCGCUGGAGAUGCAGGUGCUGCACCGCUGCAACCAGGACCACGUCCCCUUCGAGUACGUGACGGUCUCCUAUCUGUUUGUUAUGAUGGGGAAUGGGAACGGCCCCCUAACCACGAUCACCGAAAACCUUCGGUACAUCGCUCGUCCCGAUGAGCAAAUGGAACUGCCGCCCUUUGAUCUAGCCUCCCUAAUGAAGCCCUUCGGCAGUAACUUCUACAGCUACGAGGGCACCUACGACAACGGUGGCCAGGUCCUACCCACCAAGUGGCUGAUCUGCACCUACAUCUUCGCCAUCAGCUCGCAGCAAUUGUCCCAGUUCUUUGCCCUCUGUGGUCGCGAUGGCACCAGCAUCCAGUGCAACGCACGCAAGGAGCAGCCGCUGGGGAAUCGCUCCGUCAAUUUCCACAUUUAUUGACAAGAUUAUCUCCUCGUACGAAUACAAAAUACUCAUCGCAAUCGUUAAUUUUUUUCCUCAGAGGUGUUCCGUGCUUAAAAGAUAUAAUUUUAUUAGUCUUCUACCCCCGAGGGUACGAGUAAAUGCAUACAUAUUAGUACAACUACGACACGCCGAAUGUCAUUCUCUACUACAUAGUUCAAUAAUUAUUUAAGCAUGGUUUCAUAUUUAAAACCUUUCUCCUUUCUCUGGAACAGUCUAUCACGUGCCUAAAGCCUGUGCAAUUCAAAUCAAUUCCAACAUCAAAGUUCCAUUUUUGCGAAGCAUGGAAAUGCCUGAGAAGCGGUUGAGCAUUUGAUACCGUAAUUUGCACGACGUAAGCGUGAGUGCCUCCGUUCCGCCUCUGACCGUGCCUCUUUCUGUGGCUCUGGUCAGACAUGGAGUAUUUGACUGGUUGUCUGCGUACUCCACUGGGGCAUCAGAACGUAGUCAAAGUGGAAAAAAAAGGAAAAAUGCUGACUGAGCACGAGCUCACCUGGAGAAAUUGUUCGCUUUGCUUUCCUGCGGGGCAAAAAUCACUGGAAUGCCUUGGGGCUGGCAGUGGUAGAGCUCCAGCGACCCGGCCGUAGUAAAAAUUGUCUAAAUUAAUUUUCAAUAAACGCCUGCUGGGCAAAAAGGGAAUCGAAUACUGAUUGGCUUAAAAGUUCCGCCAAAAUACUCCCUACAGAUAUUCCCUUUGAAAUCAGCCGUCAUUGCCAACCGAAACCAACCGAAAUGAGCGGAGCACAACGGGACGGACUCUGGAGCCGCUGGCGCAAGUCGGUAAAUUCCUCAAACCAUCCGGUAGACUGUGGUAGGGACCGGGAAGAAGGCCACCCCCUCCUGCCCACCAUA